UCUAUAUUCUGAAAAUUCAAUGUUCCUCGUAAACAUUUUUAUGUGAAUCUAAAAGUAAUAUUCCUUUUUAAACUAUUCAAAAUUAUAGCAAAAACGUUUAAUAUUGCAAUCUUAGGUACUUAGUAAAUUGAAGAUUCCCUCAUAAUUUGGCUCUUUUUUUCUGAACGCUGUACCAAAUACACCAAUUACGCUAUGAGUUCUCGAGAGGGUUUGACCAAGAGAUCCUUCAAAUACUGUCCAGCAAAUAAAAAUGCUAAACAGGUAAACUCAUGUAAAACUUUAGGCAGUGAAUCUAGUGAGCCCUCAUUAACUAUUGCUAAAGUCAUUCAGUAUCCUUCAAAGCAUGAGAUAGCUACGUCAUCGUCGUACAGCGGAUCAGGCGAAUACUUUAAGAUGUAUGAUUACGAUAUGGUCCCCGUUAAGGAAACGCUAACUAGUGAAACGUCGACGGAGUCGAAUGUAGAAAGGUCGGACAGGAUAUCUCUCACCGAAUCAUAUCUUAACAACAUUGAGCGAAACAUCUCUGAAGAAUUACAAACAGACUGUUCCACAAACACCUUGGAUUCGAGUAUCAAAUUCUUCAAAGUCACGGUCGAAGAAAUUUUUAAUAAAUUCUAUGCUAACAUGCACGACUUUGAGUUAUACAAAAAGAAAUUCCACGACUUACUGAGCAAGGAACAAGGGGAAUGUGUUGAGGAAAUGGAAGAUUUUAUUAAGGAUAUGAUCCGACACAUAAUGGCCUCUGAAUCUAGCGAUUUAAAUGCAGACUUACAGACUAAAGAGAAAUUAGUCGAGAGUUCCGAGGACAUUUCAAAGCUAGUAGGUAUGCAAUCAGUCAUGGAAGCAUUUAAAAAUGAAAACUACAAUUCAAUGGAGUCAACGAGUGAUGAAAAAGCAAGUGAAAAUAAACAUCAGUCGAAGGAGAAAGUAAGUGCGUCGGAAACUUUGAACAUAUAUUUGAUGUCAAAGAACCCAUACCUUAAAAUCCAGAUGAACAAUAAAAAUAGCCAUUUGUCAGAAAUUCAAAUCAUGGACCGAUGUAACUCAUAUAACCAAGGGGUGAGUAAGCUCGUAGCUUCAGCGGAUGAUAUGAAGAUGCUAUCGGCUAAGAAGAUGGAGUUAGCCAUGUUGGAGACGCUCAAAGACAGCCCCGAGUUCGCGGAUCGUGAGAUACCAGUCAAAAUUUCCUUUGCUAAGAAAAACAUUCCCUCCGACGACGAAACCCAUCGCGAAUCGUCACGGAGCGAGAAGUCCUUCCUGGGAUGCCUCUGCAGCUACUUGUGCAAGAAACUACGGAAAGCUACUAACUUUUAAUUUUAUAAAUAAAGUUCUUG